AAAGAAGUGAUUCCAUCCGAAUUGGAUUGUCAUUGAAUGCACUCACUUUUGAAAGAUGUGCCAGGUUCUGACAAAAAAAAAUAAAAAUAAAUAGAAGUGCAUUAUCAAAUAACACGACUCAAUUUGAGUGUGCGAGCCAUUCCACAUUGAAAAAAAUCGGUCUCGAAACGAAAACUCGUUGAGCUUGUACUGGGAACUGAAAAUCCCCAAAAAGAAAAGGGAUUUCUCUCGAUUGAGUCGUGAAAGCACGCGUUUCUGUGAUUGAAAAUAAAAAAAAGGGAAGAAAAAGUACAAGUGAAAUCAUGAGCAUCCCAUCAAUCGCUGAUUACCCAUAUGUCUAUCAUACACAAAACCACAAUGACCACUACGAUCACAACGAGUUGGACACCGAUUUUGCUGAAUCAACAGAACAAAAUUGGACUCAAGCACCAAAUGUGUGUCGGUAUUUUUUGAAUGGGAAUUGUCGAUAUGGUGACUUUUGUCGCAAUUCGCAUACACUUCAAAAUCCACCUGCUACACCCGCCACCAUCGACACAAAUGGAGAAGAUGGAAGCAACAACAACAACAGCCAUUGCACCGAAACCAAUGAAGUUGCACGUAACUGGAUCGAUGCCCCCGAGUUCAUACCGCGUUAUGUAAGCCAAAACACCGACCAAUCGACCAACGAAGAUCAAGGUGCUUCAAGCCAGAAUACAAACAUCUCUUACGCUCAAAUCGUUUCGGGUAAUACAUACAGCGGCAACGGUGCCGAAAUGCUCAAUGAUACACACAAUUUACCACCGGAAUAUAUGGCAUCCACCCUUUGCCCAUACAUUCAAUCCACAAUCACGAAAUCCGAUGGUACUAUUAGCUGUAAAUAUGGUGAACGUUGCCAGUAUCAGCACGGCGAUCUAUGCGAUAUAUGCGGAUUGUUCUGUCUUCAUCCCACCGAUCAAAACCAACGGAAAACACACGAAAAGGAAUGCAUGAAACUGAUGGAAAAAGAUAUGGAACAUUCGUUUGCUGUGGCACGAUCGAAAGAUAAAACCUGCGGCAUUUGCUUCGAGGUAAUAACGGAAAAGACAAAUCGCAGCGAACAUCGAUUCGGUAUCCUGCCAAAUUGUUAUCACAUUUUCUGUCUGCCGUGCAUUCGGAAGUGGCGACAAGCGAAAAAUUUCGACAGUACCAUCACCCGUGCCUGUCCCGAGUGCCGUGUUGAAUCGCAUUAUGUGUGCCCCAGUCUGUACUGGGUGGAAACAAAAGAAGAAAAGGAAAAACUGCUGACUGAAUACAAAGAGGCACUGCAACAACAGAACUGCAAAUAUUUUAAUCGGGGUGAAGGAACGUGUCCAUUUGGCAACAAAUGUUUCUAUAAACACGCUCUACCAAGCGGUGAAUUGGUUGAUGUUGGCAUACCACAGCAGCGUCGUCGAUAUGAUCUCCAUGGUGAAAGCGAUAUCGUUGAGCGGGUCAUACUAUGGAAUUUCCUGCAAGCCCGUGACAGUUUUAGUGAUGAUGAUGAUGAUGAUGAUGACGAUACAAUUUCAUCAUACACGGAUCCAAGUGAUUUAGAUUGAAAAGGUGCGCAAAUCGAGAGAUCGAAUGUGUACUAAAUGGAUCUGGUUGCAAAAUCCAACAAAAACUGAAUAUGCUUGGCCAUCAUCAAUGUAUUGAUCAAAGAAAAUAACAACAACAACAAAAAAACACAAAAUUAUUCGUAGUGAUUGUUAUUGAAUGGAAAUAUUUAAAGUUAAAUUAUUUGGGAAAAUGUAAACGUUCAAAUUCCAUAGUGUUAUGACCAGUAUGUGGGUCUCAUCAAACUGCUAUAUAAACUGUACAAACAAACAAACAACAAAAUUACUAACAUAAUCGUUGCCGCAAACACAGAUAAAGGAAGCAAGAGAAUUAUAUAAUUUAGAAGAAUUGGUCGUUUUGCAAAUGAUGUUAAGUUUUAGGUUUAGUGGUUAGAACCGUUACUCUUUUAUCCAAAUCAAAACACAAGCAAAUAAGCAAAAAAAAAACUUAAUCAAAAGCUGCAAAUAAAAAUUACACUGUAUAUACACAUAGCAUGUUAACAGAAUUAUUAGAUUUUCCCGGCAGCCGAUUUUGGUGAUGUACAAAAAAAAGCGAGAGCGCAAAUAAAACACGAACGGAAUAAGGGAGAAAAAAAAAGUGCAAAUGUAAAUGAACAAUGCGUAUGUAACCGCGUUAAUAUUGUUUCCAACGCUAACAAAACAACCUAUUCAAGAUUAUUUGAUGUGCCUUUUUUCUAAUUAAAUAUGCAAACUAAACACACACACACAUAUUAAAAGCCAAUUUAUUGAAAAAUCCAUCUUAAAAACAACAAAAAAAGAAGAGAAGUGAAUAUAAUCAAAUAAAGGAAAAUGGAAUAUGAUCACAAACGCAAUAAA